AUGUAUUUUAUUGCUGCUGUCUGCAUCAUGAUGAGCUUUUUGAAAGAAGUGCAUAAUUUUUGUCCAUCUCAGUGCACUUGCAUUUACCAUGGCAUAAGCAAUGGCACUGGAACAAGGCCUGUGCUGUGCAAUGAUCCUGAUAUGUUUGAGAUCCCUGUAAACGUUCCUGUGGACACUGUAAAGCUCCAGAUAGAAAAGACUGUCAUACGAAAGAUCCCGUCGGAAGCCUUCUACUAUUUGGUGGAUCUCAAAUACCUGUGGCUCACCUACAACUCUAUAGCAAGCAUUGAUACUAGCAGCUUUUAUAAUUUAAAGCAGUUGCACGAAUUGCGUCUGGAUGGGAAUUUGCUAUCAAGUUUCCCUUGGGAAUCUUUGGUUGAGAUGCCUAACCUCCGAACGCUUGACUUACACAACAACCAAGUGACCAGUAUUCCAGUGGAGGCUGGCAAAUAUCUGAGAAAUCUCACUUACCUGGACAUAUCUAGCAACAAAUUAACCUCCUUGCCUUCAGACCUCAUGGAUAUCUGGUUUACUUUUUCUGAAACAGGAUCAUCCAGAAACAUAGACUCCAGAAAUUCAGGCUCCAUAGUACAGAGGGUCAUAUUAGGUUUGCAGGACAAUCCAUGGUAUUGUGACUGUCAGAUUUCCAGGCUAAUUGAAUUUUCCAAAAUUGUGGACACCACUGUUCUGCUUCUGGACCCUUUUGUGGCUUGCAGUGGACCUGAGAGCUUGGCUGGGAUCUUGUUUCAAAGAGCAGAGCUGGAACAGUGCUUGAAACCAUCAGUCAUGACUUCAGCUACAAAGAUAAUCUCCCCCCUAGGAAGCAAUGUCCUACUACGCUGUGAUGCAACUGGCUAUCCCACCCCACAACUCACCUGGAUUAGGUCAAACAGUGUACUGGUGAAUUCUACAGUUAUUCAAGAAAGUCCAGGUGAAGGUGUAAGAUGGUCCAUCAUCAGCUUGACAGGCAUUUCCUACAAGGAUGCAGGUGACUACAGGUGCAAGGCCAAAAAUUUGGUGGGAAUGUCAGAAGCUUCUGUUAUGGUCACUGUUGUCAGUGUUGUCACCACAACUGUUUCUCCACGAAAGUAUGGGAAAAAGACUGGAGCAGAACAGCAAAACACCACCCAGGAGGAGAUCAAACAAGAAUCUUUAAAUGCAACCACCUCUUCUAUUCCAGUAUUGCCUACAACUACCUCUUCUCCUCUAACAGUGGCUACUACUGAAAGGCCUACAACUGAAACAACCAGUGACAACAAACAACCCAAGACUAUGCCUGAUGGAAAAAAUAAUUCCAAAUCAAUUUCAAAUGGAAGCAAAGAACAGCCAGGUGAUAUUAGCAAGAAGGAUGAUGGGGCAUCACUCAGUGCAGCAACAGCAGUUGAAAAAACCAUUGUGGUAAAAAACCUAAGAGCAAUUCUUAAAACUGAAGAAAGAGUGACCUUAAUGUGGAAAACUGCCAAUGCUACUGGCAACUCUGCUCUGACUGUGUUGUAUUCAAAGUAUGGGGAGAAAGACAUGCUGCCACUGAGCACAGACCCCACAAAAAACAAAGUCACAAUAGAUGGUUUGGAACCCAAUACACAGUAUAUGGCCUGCAUCUGUCCCAAAGGUAUUCCACCUACAAAAGACCAAUGCAUCAUUUUCUCCACUGAUGGAAUUAGUGUGGAAGAUGAUGCUCAGACUUCCAUUUUGCUGGUAGCUAGUGGGGUGGCCUGUGCAAUUGUUUUACUGUUAAUACUUUUCUUACUAUAUAAACUCUUAAUGCUUCACAGGAAACCAAAAUGUAUUAGAGAAGAUGACCUUGCAAAAGAGACUUACAUCAAAUUUGAAACCCUUUCCCUUAAACAACGUUCAGUGGGAGCAGGUGGUGAUCUCUGGGCUUGUUGGAACACCGAUGAAUCAGAAAGACUAUUGCUUUGUUCUAGGUCAAGUAUGGAUUCUCAGAUGAUCUUCAAAAGCGAAGGUUCAAGGUCAGAGUAUCUCUGCUGACUCUGGGUGUUCAGUGGACCAUCUGAAGACACCUAUUGGGGGACAGGGGAGUGACUGCAGGCUUGUUUCUGAUAUUAGAUCAGUGCCAGUUAUAAAAUGUGAGCAUCAAGGAGCAGCACUGACUAGCAGCCAAAGUCUUUAGUGGUGGAACAUGCAGAGAGGAAAAGAUGGCUUUUCAAAAGCUAACAUUUUGGAACUUUUAAAAUUAUUUUUGAAGCAAUUCUGCCUGAUUUAUAUUCUCUGCCUUUUUAUUAAUUUGCUAUUGUUUAAACAAAAUAUUUUGUGUGAAACAUAUACCAUCAAGUCAAGUUAUCCAUUGCUAUCCAUGUUCCUUGCUUUUAUAUAAACUAAAUUUAGGAUAAUAGAUAUUAAUUUUUUUUGCUCAGUUAAAAUAAAAAUGUUAGAUUUCUGUGCUUGAACACUUGAAAGAUAA